CUAUUUUAAAUUGGUCCCAUUCUUACACCGAUUAUCGAUUGCCAUUACAAUACCAAUUCUCAUCAAUCGAAGAUUGUAUUAAUUCUUUGAUCAAUCAAGAAUUUCUACAAAUUAAUCAAAUCAAACUGAACUAAAAAUGAUGCCUCCUGAGCAAGAAAACCCCAAAGGAUCUUCUGCAACAGCUGAAACCAUUUCCAUACAGAUUGAAAUGGCAGCUGCGUCGUCCAGCAAUGUCAGCCCCUGUCCUGCUCCUGCUCAUCAUCAUAACAACGAUCAUUCCUCUCUCUUUAACUUUUCCGACCUUCUGCGCGAAUCCCUUCAUCCUCUCGUUCUUCAGUUUGACGACGUGGAAUACGCCGUUAAGUUACAGAGCAGACGGGGAGUUUGCUGUCCGUCGUCUCGGUCGAAGGUCACACGCACCAUACUUAAUGGCGUUAGCGGCGCCGUUAAACCUGGUGAGCUCUUGGCAAUGCUUGGCCCGUCAGGGAGUGGGAAGACGACUCUGCUAACAGCUUUCGCCGGAAGGCUGCCGGGGAAGAUCUCCGGCACGAUCACGUACAAUGGCCAGGGCUUCUCCAGCUCCAUCAAACGCCGGAUCGGAUUCGUCACUCAGGACGACGUCCUCUACCCGCACCUCACCGUUCUGGAAACCCUAAAAUACGCCGCCCUUCUGAAACUCCCGAGCAAGCUCACAGCCCGGGAGAAAAUGGAGCAGGCGGAGAUGAUCGUCCAGGAGCUCGGCCUGACGAGGUGCCGGAACAACAUCAUCGGGGGGCCAUUGCUGAGGGGGCUUUCCGGCGGGGAGAGGAAGCGGGUCAGCAUCGGGCAGGAAAUGCUGGUGAAUCCCAGCCUGUUGUUGUUGGACGAGCCGACUUCGGGGCUCGACUCCACCACGGCGCAGAGAAUCAUGGGGACGCUGCGCCGCCUGUCUCGCGGAGGCCGGGCGGUGGCUGCCACCGUGCAUCAGCCGUCGAGUAGGCUGUUCAGGAUGUUCGACAAGGUGAUUGUGCUGUCUGAAGGGUGUUCUAUAUACAGUGGGCCUGCCAAUUCUGCCAUCGAUUAUUUUGCUUCCAUUGGCUAUUCUCCAGGGUUUAAUUUCAUGAAUCCAGCUGAUUUUCUCCUCGAUCUCGCAAAUGGUGUGCCCCCUGAUUCAAGACAGGAUGAUGAAGCAGAUUUCCAUGGAAGACUGGACCUUCACGAUGAUCAAAACUCAACCAAACAGUUCCUAAUCCAGAGCUAUAAAAAGAACUUACAUCCUCUUCUCAAGCAAGAACUUACAUACCAUAUUCGAAAAGCUUCACUAUCAAGAAGUUCAGAUCAAACUCCAUGGACAAACAACUGGUGGUUCCAAUUCAAGGUACUGCUAAGCCGCGGCCUAAAAGAGCGAAAGCACGAAUCUUACUCCGGUUUAAGAAUCUUCCAAGUGAUGUCUGUUUCAGUUCUUUCAGGGCUGCUAUGGUGGCAUUCUGAUGCUAAUCACAUCCAGGAUCAGGUGGGGCUGCUCUUCUUCUUCUCCAUAUUUUGGGGCUUCUUCCCUCUCUUCAACGCCAUAUUCGUGUUCCCUCAAGAGCGCGUCAUGCUCACCAAAGAACGCUCCUCGGGGAUGUAUCGCCUAUCAUCGUACUACUUUGCAAGAACCGUAGGUGACUUGCCGAUGGAGCUCGUCCUCCCGACCAUAUUCGUCACAAUUACGUAUUGGAUGGGGGGCCUGAGGCCUUCCUUCAUCACUUUUGUCCUAACUCUCUUGAUCGUCCUUCUCAACGUGCUCGUUGCCCAGGGGGUCGGGUUGGCCCUCGGGGCUGUACUAAUGGAUGUAAAGCCGGCAACGACGCUGUCAUCGGUAGUGAUGCUGGUUUUUUUGCUAGCUAGCGGUUACUACAUUCAGCACAUUCCCCCGUUCAUCGACUGGCUCAAGUAUGUGUCGUUUAGUCACUACUGCUAUAAGCUUCUUGUCGCGGUGCAGUACUCGGAGAAUGAAGUUUACGACUGCGGAUUAGGAUUCGGAUGCAGUAGAGUUAUGGAGUUUCCCGCCAUAAAGUACCUUGACAUCGAUCAUUUGGAGUUCGACGUCGCUGCUUUAGUGAUAAUGCUCGUUGGGUACCGACUCUUGGCUUACGUCGCUUUGAGGAUCGCGCAACAGAGAUGAGGAAGAAGAAAGAAGAAAGAAAUACAUACAUCUAAAUUUGAAGAAACUGAUCUUUAUAAUUAAGAUGAAUGUCUCUGAAGAACAGAGCAUAACUUAUUGUUUGUGUAGAAUUUAUGCAAAAUCCCAUUUAGAACCGCAUUGGUGUGGGAGGAAUAAAAAUCUUAUAAUUA